UUUGUUGCUAAUGGCUAUUGGGUGUGGCGUUGAAGUGGUCGUUAUCAAUAUUCUUAGACCAGGAUUUGUGGUCGCUCUAACUGUCUCGCCAAGAGACUGACGCGUUACGUCAACAGACAGUCCUUGACAGCGAUUACACAGAUGGAGAUGACAGGGAGAGUCCAGGAAAUGAAGUGCGGCCUCUUGCGACUGGUCUGUUUGUCGUUUGUCAAAUAAGCGUGUCAACAAUGUCGUUAGCUAGUUUAUUCAUCGCUCAGCGUCUGCACGCUCAUAUGUCGACGUGUGGUCUUGCAACUUGUUGAGAUGAUGACUACAUACCAAAGCCCAUGGAGACCUGCACACGGAAGUUGACAGGUAGACGUGUAAGGGUGGUAAUAAAGCUAUAAUGAAUGGCUAGGAUGUGGUCAAUCUGCAGCAAUCACAGUGUCUGUUUACCCCUUAGUGUAAUCGAUUCAGAGUUAUGGUAUUCGACGCUCCGCCUCGAGCAGCUGCAUAUAGGAAUGCACCAGUUGGCCCAAACGGUGCAUUUCGCCUCUGCUUCUUGUCAGGUGCGUGAGAAAUGGCGAGCAUGCAUCCUUUCUCGAUAGCCGCCUUGCUAGGCAUCGACUCUCACGAAGGAGAGCGCUAUGCUUCGAAUGAGACCGACAGUGAGGCGUGUAUAUCGGACAAAGAGGAGUGUCAUGGUGAGAGGAUGACAAUCAUGACAACAAGCCGCGAGAAGGCUGCCCUAUGCCGCGCCUGGUCAGCUCAGCCUUUCCCACUGCUAUGGUAUCCGUGGAUGAGUGCACGAACAGGCAGACAAGCACGCAGAAGCAGCAGCAUCGAAACCCGGAAGGACGAAAGUCCGGCCAUCAAGGCCGCCGAUUCCGAUUGCGAUCAAGAAUCGGAGGCGAGCAGCACCGAGAAGAAGAAGCGGACGGCAUUCUCGAGUCUUCAGGUGAUGGAACUCGAGAGGAGAUUCCAAUAUCAACGCUACCUACCGAAAUCAGAGCGUCGACUCUUGGCAGUGACACUCAGAUUGACAGAUACUCAGAUCAAAACAUGGUUCCAGAAUCGGAGAACGAAGUGGAAGAGGCGACAAGCCGAGGCGAUGUGGAACAAACAGAUGGGCGGAUUCUUUCCCGAGCGUGCGAGUAAUAAGACACUCCUGUCUGGCUCUCCUCCGCCGGUUUACUUGAACUCAUCGCCCGUUUACGUGUUGGGUAGCCGAUAAAGACGUGGGCGUUUGUAAAUCGAUACUGUAAAAGCUAAAGUGGCGGCAGGAGUCGCUCGCUUGUAGAAAUAUUGUUUUCUAGUUGCUUUUCUCGGAGCUUUUCCUAGAGUUGCUGUCACUUAAUUAUUGGGUUGCAACGUAACUGAUAUAGCCUAUAGGUAACACUUAAAUGCGUCACAUUACAGUUACAGCUAAGUGA